AUGUAUAAGAAAGUCGGUUUUGGUCUUCUUGCAGCUCUUGUUCUCCUUAUGCUCAUACUUUCUCUUGGUAUUCCGAGUUGGUCCUGUCAAGGACAUAUACUUGGAACAGAAUGUAUUCGUUUCUAUGUGCUAAAGGUUGUGGGAUUUCUGUUGGCAGCCGCGACUGUAGCCGCCCUACUUGUCGCCAUUUUCUUACUUUUGGUGUUCCUCCAAGGUUCAUCUCGAAUGAAGAUUGCGGCACUUGUGACGGCAGGAAUAACUGCUCUUCUAGCCAUGGCUGCAGUAUUUUAUUACGUCCAACCCACUCAUUUUUGGUGUCCAAUUGUGACGGCAUUCGGUGCAGGGAUAGCACUUUGUCUCUUUGCGGCACUUCUACUUGAUUACCUCAAUUAA